CCGCACGCUCCUUCCCCUUCGGCUUAGCGCGCGGGGCCGCAGGUCCCCGCGGGCCGCUCUGAAUUAUUCAUCGGCAGGGAGAUAUUAGAUGUACCCGCUCUGCGCGGGCCGUCGUGCAAUGCUAUCCGAGCUCCGCGCGCGCCCUGCGCCCCUCCUCCUCCUCACGUCCGUCCUCUCUGAAACCUUGGCAGAGAAGGGGGAUCACAUUUCCUUUGUCAUCGGGCCAUUUCGCCCUCGCCUUGGUCCCCCCUCCGAUCCUGAGCCUCGGGGAUGGAGGCUCCUCUCGGGCGCGCUGGAUGAAUCAGUGGAACCGGCAACAGCCCCGCGCGGCGAGCUCGGGAGCCGCGUGGCCAACGCCGCCGGCUCGCGCCCGCGUCAUCUUUCUGAAACGAGUCGCCGAUCCGGACGCGGGUGGCCUCGGCCGCGUUGCGCCUACCGAGCUUUGCUCCCGCCGUGCCCCGGCCUCCUGGGGCUUUGCACAACUCCCCCAAUUCGGGUUCGUGCGUGCGCGCGCGCGCGCCCCCUCUUUCUCUGCUUUGCCGCCUCUGCCUCCUCCUCCUCCUCCUCCUCUUCUCUUCAGUACGCCGGUUAUUGGGACUGA